UCGGAGUCGCACCCUGACGAGGAAUGUAACAAGUACAAAAUUCUUUAUUAUUUCUUUUACGUACGACGGGACUAAAACAGAUUGAAGUGUAAUACUCAUUUUUUUAUAUUAAAAAAAAAUAAUAAAAUAUAUACGUUUUUAUUAAAAGCUUUAUAUUUAUAUUAUUAAUAUUUAUUAAUUUAUUAAUCAUCGUUUGUAUAUUUAAAUAAUAAAAUUUUUUGUUUAUUAUAAAUGAUAAUACAAAAAUGAGUUCACUUCCACAAACUGGCAGAUUUUUGCCUUUUACAAAUAAUAAUAUUCAACGUAAACAACAAUUGACAGUUCAAGGAAUAUUACCACAAAGUUUGAGUGGUAGUGAUACAGAUGUAUCAACAUCAAAUGAAAAUUUAAGCAAUGAAGAUAGAUAUGUCAUCAGGCAUACUGCCAGACAAGAACCACAAGGUCAAGAAAAUCAACAACAAAGUCCAUCUAGAUCCUCCAGUCAUAAAGAAAAUAUACCAAAUAUUCAGGGUAACUUGAUAAAUCGAAACAGUCACAAGGAAAGUUUAAAUGGUUCAAAUAGAAAUAGUCUAAAAGACAGUAUAAAUGGCUCAAACAGAAAUAGUUUAAAAGAUAAUUUGAGUAAUCGUACAAGUGUUGGUUCAAAUCGUAGUAGUUUAGAUAUAUCAACAAGUUCAUAUAAUACACUUAUAAUACACAAUGCAAAUGAUGAAAAUUCAUGGUCACAAACUGGUAGAUUAUCAGGAAUUGUAAGAGAUCAUAAUGAUAUGGGAUAUUUAUAUUGUGAUAAUAAUAAUAAUAAUAAUCAUAAUAAUAACAAAGGUUAUUCAAAUAGUCCAACAAUGCAAUCACUAACAAGUAUUCCAAAUGAUGAAAAAUUUUAUGAACAAUUUAAAAAUAAUGGAUGUCAAGAAAUAACUGAUAUACCAGAUGAUUAUCUUAAUCAAUCACAAGUUUUAAAACAUCUUGCUAAAGAAGUUAAACCAUCAUCAUAUGGUACUAAAAUUAAUUGUGGUAGUACAUCAGAUUUUGAAUUACGAAUACGUGAAAAUAAUCGUAGUAAACAAAAUAAUAAUAUUAAUAAUAAUAAUGAAUUAUCAUCGACAUAUUCAACAAAAUUAUUACCAGGUAAAAAUAAAUUUCGUUUAUUAGGACCAAAUGAAAAAUUAACAUUAUCAAGAUCACAACCAGAUUUAUCAAGAAUUGAAAAAUUAAAUAUUGAUGAUUAUCAAGUACCAUUAACAACAACAACAGCAGCAAUAACAGCAGCAGCAUCAACAACAACACGUCCACAAACAAAAGGACGUGAAAAAAUAGAUUCAACAAUUGGUGAAUUAUGGCCAGCAACAGAAAUGUUUCAAAUAGUUAUACAAGAAAAUAGUGCAUUAAAACUUGAACUUGAACGUUGUUAUAGUAAAGUAUCAAAAUCACAAAAAUUAGAACAAGAAAUAUCAAAAGUACAUCGUGCACAUGAAGAAUUAGCAGCAUCAUGUGAAAGACGUGAAAAACUUGAACGUGCAGCAAGAGUAAGAUUACAAAGUGAUUGUAAAAGAUUAACUGAAUUAAAUCGUGCAUUACGUGAUCAAAUUGAUUUAUUAUCAUCAAGAACAGAUAAUCCAAAAAUUAUUGAAUCAAUGAAAAAAGAAUUAACACAACGUGAAUUAAUGAUUGGACAAUUAAUAACACAAAAUAAAGAACUUGUUGCUGCUAAAGAAAGACAAGAAAUUGAAUUAGCAGCACAACGUGCAACAUUACAAGAACAACGUACACAUAUUGAUAUACUUGAUACAGCAUUAACAAAUGCACAAAGUAAUGUUGUUAGAUUAGAAGAAGAAAGUAGAAAAAAACAAAUGUAUGUUGAAAGAGUUGGACAAUUACAACGUGCAUUAUCAUCAUUACAAGCAUCAAGUGAUAGAAGAGAAGAAACAGAAAGACAAUUACGUGGACAACUUGAACGUGAAUUACGUGAAGGUGGUAAUUUUAAUUUAAAUAAUGUUGGUGCUGGUGGUGGUGUUAAUGGUGCUGGUGUUAGUGGUGGUAGUGGUUGUAAUAAUAAUAAUGAACAAUCAUACAAUGGUGAAACAAUAGCAGAAUUUAAAAGACGUGUACGUGAAAGAGAUGAAAAAAUUAUGUCACUUGAAGGUGAUGUUGCUAAAUGGGAACAACGUUAUUUAGAAGAAAGUGCAUUAAGACAAGCAGCCAUUGAUGCAGCAAGUCUUCCAAAAGAUGCUAAAAUUGCUGCAUUAGAAAAAACAAGUCAAGAUGCUGAAAAAAUGAUUGCUGAAGCAAGAUCAGAAAAAAUGCGUCAUAUGGAUGAAGUUUAUGCUGCACAAAAAAAACUUACUGAUCUUGAAUCACGAAUGAAAGAUCUUGAAUCAAAGCUAGCUGAAAGAGAUGCAAUGAUAAGAGUACUUCAAAAACAUACAUAUGAUAAAGAAAGUAGUACUAGUAGUGGUGUUGGAAGUUAUCCACCAGUACAUUCAACUCAUUCUAGUACAUCUGUUGAUCAUAAUGGUUUAACUAAUACACCAGAACUUGCAUCACGUGUAUCAACUGUUAGUAGUGUAUUAGGUGGUGCUGCUAAUUAUACAAGUACUGGUAGUUAUGGUGAUUCUUAUCAGUAUAGAAAACAGGGUAGUUUUGAACAAACUAAUAAAAGCCUUGAUGAUCAACUUAAAGAACUUGAUUCACAACUUCUCAGCAAGCGGGCACUUUGCUGUUUUCCAGGAUUCUCUAAUUCAGGCAUUGCGUCGAGAAAAGGAAAAAUAUCCAAGCCAUUAUUGGCGAGUGUAGAUCGUACAAUAUCAUCAAGUACAACAUCAAGUAAAAGUCGUUUAAUUGAUGAUUCAAUUAUAAAUCAAAGUGGUAAUAUUGAAUUUUCAAAAACAUCAUCAACAACACCAUCAACAAUCACAACAACAACAACAACAAUAGCAACAGUAGCUGCAGCAGUAGCAACAGUAGCAGCAACAGCAACAAAAGCAAAAACAACAACAACAUCAUCAUCAUCAUCAACAGCAACAACAACAGCAGCAACUGCAGCAACAACAACAACAACACGACAUAAAAAUAAUACAUCACGUUUAUCAGAUGGUAGACCAGAAGACAUGAUGUUACUUGAAAAACAAGGAAGAAGUUCACAACGUCAACGUAUGCAAGAAGGUGAACAAAGACGUGCUGGUAGUUUACCACCAAGUUCAUUACCACGUCCACCAAAAACAAUUAAAACAACAACAACAAAUAAUUUACGUUAUUGUCGUUUAAGUGAUACUGAAACACGUAAAAAAUCUGAUCCAGGACCAACAAUUAUAAAUAAUAUUAAAACAACACGUGAUUCUGGUAAUUGUACACUUGAAUAUGGAAGAUUUGAUAUGAAAAAUCAACGUAAAAAAAAAAAUGAUAUUGUUUAUUUACAUAAUAAUAUUAAACAAACAAUUAAUCAUGAUUAUAAACGUUUUAAUGAUGACGAUGAUGAUGAUGAUGUUGAUGUUGUUGUUGUUAAACAUCGUGAUACACAAAAUAGAUCAUUAAUACCACCACCAUCAUUAACAUCACGUAGAAUUUGUGAUUAUGGAAGAUUAAGUGAUGGUGAUAAUAAAACAACAUUUAGAAAACAAAAUAUAAUAACAAGAGGUCUUAGUACUGGUAGUACUGUUAGUAGUAAAAGUUGUGGACGUGAUUCUGGUGGUACUGUUAGUAGUGAAGCAUCAAUAUCAUCAUUACCACCAACAAAAGCAAGAUCAAUACCCCGACCAAAUUAUCGUAUUCAUUUUUGACAAUGAAAAUUAUUAUUUUCAAACGAUAACAACCAAAGUAAACACAAUUUCUUUUUUUUUUUUUUUUUAUUUUUUAUUUCUAUUGCGAAAACAAUAAUAAUUAUGUGUUAUAUAAAUAUAGCAAACGAUCGAAAUACGAAUUUUUUUUUUUUUUUAAUUAUUAUUAUUUAGAAUUUUAAGAUUAACUUUGAUGAUUGAUUGAUUUUUUUUUUUUUUUAAAAAAACUUGGUACAUCAAUGUAUUAGAGAGCCAUAUUAGUUUUUUAUUUUAUCAUUUAUUAUUAUUAUUAUUAUUUAGAUCUGAUGAGAUAAAAGAUAGAUUACUUGAUUGUUUAUUUAAGUCAUAAUAAUAUUAUCAUAACUUGAAUGACCCUUGAUAAGAUUAGUAAAAACUAGUCAUUGCCAAAGUAACUAUUGUUGCCUCUUUUUUUUUUUUUUUUUUUUGA